AUGCAAGUUAAAGAAGAUAUAGCGAAAUGGCUUCGAAAUGCUGGUAUUAUUGAUGAACUGCCUCCUGCUUUCGGACCUAAUAAAAUAAUUCUACUCGAUGCAUUUACCACUCAGCAUCUAGAGUCAGGCCAACUUAUAUUGCCACUCAUAAGACGGUUACACACGAUCAUGUCUGCGAAUAAUAGAGAGGUUUCACCCCUACCAGAAUCAAAAGCAAUGAAAACAGCAGACUCAGCAUCAGCGAAACUUUACAAUUGAAAAAUAAUUUACAAAGCAUUAGAUGCUGUUGGCAUAAAUGUUGAUGAAGACAAAAAGCUUUUGAUAAUGGCUGGGGAUAACGACAUUGUGAUUGAAAUCUUAGAAGAAAUUUUGGAAAAAGAGAAAUCUUCACAAAGAUUUUUACCAAAAAUUUCAAGUACCCCUACACUGAAGAAAAAAGGGAAAAAACCAAAAAUCGCAAAAGACGGGGCACUUUAUAUUGAUAGCGUCAAUGUCUAUAGAGGCUUAGAUAGCACAGAUACAUGUUUGGAAUUUUUACUGGUCACGUUUUGCCAAUAUUUUGAGUUAAAACCAAAGCAAGCUGCAGGUUUACUAACUCAAGGAAAUAUAGAGGUUUCCUCUAUAUAGCGCUGAAAGCGCAGACAUUUUCCCAGGAGCUUUCCAAGUUCGUCGGACCGAAUCGCUUUUUGGUCCGACCAAGGCAUUGAUUUGGUGCAACCAACCGAUAAAUUCCGAUCAGAAUUUAUCGGCCUUACAGCGCCAAACAUAGGAAACUUCUAUAAAUACCUUGCCCACAUAAUUGUCAAAGGUCUUAAAGGAGAUUUAAAACCGAUCUAUUCAUGGUAUAAAACGAUUCUUGAGCACCUAAGCCGAUUGACAGAUCUCAUGAUAAAUGAAGAGCCAAAUGGGUCAAUUAAGCUUGUGCUUUCUGCUUUUAGGCCUGGGUUUUUAAGCAAAAAUGAAGAUAUUGCUCAUGCCUGCUGUGAUCUAUACAACAGCUUAUUCGAAGUUCUCAUAGAGAAAAAUAUGAUGGGUGCUUUAUGGGAUUGGUUUCAGUCUGAAGGAGUCAGUGCUUGUGUGAUUUCUUUGCAGAGACUUCGAGAAGGAAUUGCAAAUGAUAUCACUGAUCUCUUUGUAAAAUUCGGCCCAGACAAUUUGAACAAUAUCGUAUGCAAUAUAAUGAAAGAAACUGCAGAAAAUAGUAAAAUUUAUCUUUCUCUAUUGCAGACUUUAUUUGAAGGGCUAAUAAAUCAUAAAGAAGUUUUCAAGAGAAGUGGACUGUUUGACUAUUAUAUAGGAACUGUAUUGAGAGAAGGUGACUAUGACUCAAAUAAAGAUUUAAGCACCAGACAUAUUGGGAUAAAUCUGCUUUGCAAUAUAUGGAUGGAGUACCAAGAAUAUUUCAAAACAAGAGAAGACAUUACAAGCUCGUUUCUAAGUGUCCUUAAACGAGGAUGCCGUGAUAAAUCAUGGAUGAUUCGCAUAAGCUGCUUAUCAAGACUUUUCGCAUUGUUGGAUUCCUUUUACGAGACAAAAAAUCUUUAUGCCCCAAUUCUUUUUAAAACGCUUACAUUUUUACUUAUAGAAAAUUACAGCUCUGAAACUAUGAGAGAGUUUAUUAUGAGCAACAUGAUUCAGCUUUUAGAGCAAAUCCAAAGCUUGCCUGUAGGAAUCAUUGUUGAGCCUUUAUUCAAGCAGCUUCAAAUUCUUGAAGAAAUUUCUAUGAAUAUCUUCGAUUUUGACUUUUAUAUUGCUAUUGCAAGGCAUCCAAGAAUUUCUUCAGAAAAUGCAGUACAGAUGCUGGAUUCAUUGGGCCGAGUUUAUUUAAACGAUAUUCAAUUUUCCAAAGCGGCUUCUACUCCAUUUGUCUUGUUGACAUCUCGUUUUUUUGAUAAACCAAUUGUGCAAGAAUAUAUCAUAAAAUACUUGCAAGUCGCGUUGAAUAUGAUAGUUGCUUCUGAAAAACAGAAAAAACCUCUGCAAAAGAAGCUGCCGAGAUAUUUAAAUCAGCCUGUAGUUUUAGGGCAGCCGCUUACAGUUGAAGAUUUUGAUGAAGAAACAACAAUUCUUCACAAGCGGAAUUUAAUAUUAGAUUUAACAGCCAAGCUUAUGAAACUUGAAAAUUCGGAUUUUAAUGAAAAAAUCAAAUUAAUUCUGUUGCAAGGAAAUAGGACUGUCAAAAGAUCAACUGGGAACAAUUUUAAAGGCUUUGAGGUACUGCUAGAAAUAAUUGGAAAUAGUGAUGAAAUGAUAAGAGAAUAUGAAAGCCAAAAUAUGUCAAUUAUGCCAUAUAGAGAAGCCAUGAGCGAUAGAGCUGAAUCAGGGAUUAUGUCUCCUGCAAUUUAUCGACCUCCACCAAUAACAGGGAAAAUUGCUGAUGAUUUGGAAAAAAUCAAGCAUAAGAAAAUACAAUCAGAAAAAGCGAAAAAAGAACAGGAGACAUUUUUUAAAAAUAAAUCAAUGAAAAUGCUACAGUCAUCAAGGACAGUUAUUGAAAGAAGAAAAAUCGAGCUUGGGCUUUCAGAGACUGCUUUAAUUGCACCUAAAAUCCUCCCAGAAAUUGGAGGAAAUGUGUAUUACAUAGAUCUGAAUGAAGAGCCUCCGAAUGAAGUUAGCACAAUUUCAAAAAUAACUAAGAGAUAUGCACUGCCAUUAAGCCUGUUAUAUAGAAAAUAUCAAAAAUAUCAGAAAAUAUCCCAAAAUCGCACUGAGUUACAUAAAAUCCCUCUAGAAGAUGUCAUAAAUGAAACGCAAAUUUUGCUUUUAUUAAAAGAUCAUAGUAUCUUUGGCCCAUUUCUGAAAAGAGAAGACGCUAUUUGGAUUAUUAAAGAAUAUGCUAAAAGAGACCAAAAAUCAGACACAAUGUUUGACAUGAAAGGGUUUGUAGGAAUUCUUAUACAAGUUGCAGGGAAUCUUGCAAGCAACUAUAAAUCCCAGGCAAUUUUGCCAAUUUCUUAUAACUAUUACAGCUUAUUAAUGGAGUUUAGAAAUAAUGGCGGAAAAGCUACAUGAAUUUAUGAUGAGCCAGACCCAGGAAAUGGAGACAGAGAAGUAGUCAAAUAUUUGAACUCUAUGUUAAAAGAAAACCCAGAAUAUGAAAUGCCUCCAAAUUAUCAAAAAUUCAUAGAUCAUGAUAUAGAGCUGUCAUAUUUUAUACCAGAGGAAAUUGGGCUAAAAACUUAAAGUUAAAAUUAUAAGGCCACAGAGGAUAGACCACUAGCCUGGCUAUCUGGCGUAAACCUACCUAAUCUAAGGAUUAGCUCCCUAGGUUAGAGCCACCUCUUACGAAUACCCUGCUAGUCCCGAUAAGCAAAGACUAAGCUGGAGGCAAAACCUGUCUAGCCCACCUGGCAGAUAUAGGGAAAACCUUCAGGGAAGAAACAAACUUCCCUCUUUGGCAGACAUCUCUACCUGAAGGUCUACUUCAAAAGUGUCUGAAGCACUCUUUUCAGCUUCAUCGGGACCUCCACAGGAAUUGUGUCUGGUAGUCUAUCUUCUGUCGAUGUCACCAUUUAUUUCUAAUUGGGCUAAAGGAAUCUCAAAAAAACUCUAUCGAAAUAUUAGAUGAGCUUCUAUUUGAUACUUUGGGUGUUCAUUUUCUCCAUCCUCAGCUUUCUUUAACUCCUGUAACACGUGCAAGAGGCUAUAAACCAAUGAAAGCUCAAAGCCCCCGACAUAAAAUUCUUCCUCCUUCAUUGCCUCCUUAUAUAAACCUUUCUUCAGUCCUUCGCUUUGAGCUUUCCCAACUAAUCAAUCGAUACCCUACAGAUCAUGCUAUUGAAUGUGCCAAAGUAUUAGAGGAUUUAUUAUACAGUGUAGAAAUAAACAGUGCAACUUUGGUCUCAGUUUCCCCUAUUCCUCCUAGUAAAAUUCAAAAUCAAGCUUUGCACAAAAAAGAAAUGGAAGCUGCGGCACAAAGACUGAAUCAGCAAAAAUUCGAAGAAAAAUUCCAAAAAAUAAAAAAGCAAACAGAAGCUGAACAUCAAAAAUUAAAAGAAGAAAAAGAAAGAAAAGAAAGAGAAGAGCAGAAGCUAAAAGAGGAACAAGAAGCAAGAGAAAACGAGAGGAAAAUGAAAAAGGAAGAGAAAUUAAAAGAAAAAAUAAAAGAAAAGAAAAAAAUGGUGCAGAAUUGGAAAGAAAUUAAAGAAAAAGAAGAGUCUGAAAAGCAAGAAAAGGAAGAAAUGGAGAAAAGAUGGAAGGAGAGUCGGAGAGAAGAAAUUGAGAGGAAACUGAAAGAGCGAACUCAAAAUAUGAUUACUGAAAUGAAAAAAAUCACUCAAGAAAAAGAAGAAGCAAAGAAAAAAGCUUUAGAAAGCGAAGAAAACAAUAAAGAAAAGCUAAAUGAGCUCAAAAAGAAAUCUAUGAAGUUUAUAGAUGAACAAAGGCAAAAAAGAAGCCAAGAGUACAAAGAAAAACUAGCGUUAAAUCAGCUGUCAGUAGACCAUGAAAUUAGAUCAGUUCUCGAAGAAUUUUCUAAAUCUUUAGAAGUCUUAUUUGAUAUUUCUGCUAAAUCUUCGAAAAAGUCAAAAAUUGAAGCCCCAUAUGGACUGGAUUAUGCAGGGUUUCUUAAGUUUGCUCUCAAUUUCGUCAUGAUUCCCGGAAUUAUCCCACAAGAAAGGCUUCUUAAAAUAUUUAGAUCGAUCACUAAGGACAAAGUUUCUGAUCAAAGCAUUUUGUCGUAUCCAGAAUUUGAAGAAGCUCUAAUAAGGAUUGCUGCUUAUGGCCAAGAAUAUAUUCACAGGUUUAUCAAAAAGCCGGUCGAGUCUUCUGAUCUAUUAAACUGCACUGGUGACACUUUAAGAGGGUUAUUAAAAUACAUGAAUCUAACCCAAGACCCAAAGGACACAAUGGUCUUAAUGCAACAAAUAAUCACCUCUAAGCCCUUAGAAGCCAGAGAGCGUAAAAAACUCGCGAAUGACAUUUUGCGUGAAAGCUCCAAUUAA